CAGGCCCCGCCCCCACCGGAAAGAAAUGAGCGAAUCAGGUGACGCGAGCCCCAGAGGCCCUACAGGCAGAAACCGGCGGGCAGCAGUCUGAGCGGACCGGCGGGAUCCAACAUAGAAAACUGAUAAGAGCAGAGCAGAUUUGGCCGGGUCCUGAGACGCAGAGUCUAAAGCAAUGCUUCAGAAGAUAGUGCUCUUGUUGGCCCUGGUGGGCCAGGUGCUGGUUCUGGAUAAUGGGCUCCUGCGGACGCCCCCCAUGGGCUGGCUGUCCUGGGAACGAUUCCGCUGUAACACAGACUGUGACAAGGACCCAAAGAACUGUAUCAGUGAGCGCCUCUUCAUGGAGAUGGCUGACCGGCUGGCAAAGGAUGGCUGGCGGGACCUGGGCUACAUCUACCUCAACAUCGAUGACUGCUGGAUUGGUGGGCGUGAUGCCAAAGGCCACCUGAUGCCUGAUUCCAAGCGCUUCCCCCAUGGCAUCGCCUUCCUGGCUGACUAUGCUCACUCCCUGGGCCUGAAGCUGGGCAUCUAUGAGGACAUGGGCAACUUAACCUGCAUGGGUUACCCGGGCACCACACUAGACAAAGUGGAGCAGGACGCCCAAACCUUUGCCGAGUGGAAGGUGGACAUGCUGAAGUUGGACGGCUGCUUCUCGACCUCGGAGGAUCGGGCCAAAGGGUACCCCAUGAUGGCUGCUGCACUGAAUGCCACGGGCCGCCCCAUCGCCUUCUCCUGCAGCUGGCCAGCCUAUGAAGGAGGCCUUCCCCCCAAGGUGAACUACAGUUUGCUGGCCGACAUCUGCAACCUGUGGCGAAACUAUGAUGACAUCCAGGACUCCUGGAAGGACGUGCUGUCUGUCCUGGACUGGUUUGUGCUCCACCAGGAUGUUCUGCAGCCGGUUGCCGGCCCUGGGCACUGGAAUGACCCAGACAUGCUGAUCAUUGGGAACUUUGGCCUCAGCUUUGAGCAAGCCCGGGCCCAGAUGGCCCUGUGGACAGUGCUGGCCGCUCCCCUCUUCAUGUCCACAGACCUGCGUACCAUCUCCCCCCAGAACAUGGACAUUCUGCAGAAUCCACUCAUAAUCAAAAUCAACCAGGAUCCCUUAGGCAUCCAGGGACGCAGGAUCCUCAAGGAAAAAUCUCAAAUUGAAGUGUUCAAGCGGCCCCUGUCUGAUGAGGCCAGUGCCCUGGUGUUCUUCAGUCGCAGGACAGACAUGCCUUACCGCUACAGCUCAUCUCUGGGCCAGCUGAAAUUCCCCAAAUCCCGAGUGUAUGAGGCCCAAGAUGUCUUCUCAGGUGAAAUCAUUACGGGCCUCCGGGAUGAAACCAACUUCACGGCGAUCAUCAACCCUUCGGGGGUGGUGAUGUGGUAUGUGUAUCCCAUCAAGAGCCUGGAGAUACCCAAGCGGAGGUCCCAGCAGUGAGGAGCCUCGGCAGGUGAUAGCCUGUGGUGGCCCUGCUGAGCUUGCAGCACGGAGCCUUGGCAGGCCAAGGCCAGUGAGCAGGGCUCUGUCCUCCCCAGGCCUGCUUGGCCACCUAACUCAUCAUUCCCAAAGUGCAGCUGCAGGCUCUGUGCCCACCCAAGUGGGAGCCAUCUCGGAAACUUCCCGGGGGAAUUUCCUGUAGCACUCCCGGCCUCUGUCUCCACAGCCUCCCAGAUGUUGCUGAACAACUUGACCAGCCUCCCGAGCCCCCACGGGCAGGGACACAGAUGCCCAUCAGGACUCUAGCCUCUGACCUUGUUGUUGAUUCUGCAAUCAGGAUUGGGAAUUUUUCUAAUUAGAGGUAGAGAUCUGACCUCUUGUCAAACUCUCAUGAACUGUGUGAUUGGCCAAUAGCAACUGGAGUUCGGGUCACAAAGGAAACCUCGACUCCCUUGCAUCACCAAUAAAGCUGUUCUUUAUA